AUGCAAGUUUCCAAGUCAAGAAGAUCAUUUUAUCUCCAAGUGUUAGUUCUCGCUGCGCGCAGAACGAAGCUUCGGAAGUUUGGCCGCGCGCGGAGGAGUUCCCGACGUCCAAAAGUUACGAUCUUGAUAUGGAAAGAUAGAUACUUGAGUCAUGCAUCACGUCGAAGUGGAAUGAAGCCAUUUGGAUCAACUAUGAGGCCUAGAACUUAUUUUCUACCGAGACAUGUCCGGUCCAAAACCACCUCAUAUUGCGAGCUAGCUACAAACCAAUCUCACAAGGUGUUAAGUGAGAACACUUCCUCCUCGUGUUCGACCCCGACUACAACACGGCUGUGCACUUGCAGCUCAUUAGUUGGGUUUAUAAAUUGUGAAAAUUUGAGGCAAUCUAAACCCGCCAUCAAAUACCUUAGUCAAACAAGGAACAAGCUAAAGACUUAUCCUGUGGUUGAAAGAAAGAAAAGGAGUUAUAGCCAAAAGAGUGAAGACUGUCCAAAGCGCUCUAUCGAGAAUCGCGCCCAAACCGCGCAGAACGGCCGGCCGAGGAACGCAUGUUCCGCUCUCGGCCAAAAUUGCGUCCGUCCGUCUGAAGUCUCGGCCAAAGUUCAAAACCGUUCGGCCGAUCACGCAUCACGACCCGGGAAACUAAGCCCGCGGUCGGCCACGCCACAACCGUCCACGCCACGACCAUGCCGCGCGAGCCGGGAAACAAAGCCUCGCGGCCGCGCAACCUAUCUCGCGUACCACGGCCGAUGGUUCCGUCCGAGCCGGGAAACACGUCCCACGUCCGGCCGAGAAACCAUCGACCAUUCCAUCAACCGUCCGACCACACCGGCCGACCGUGAAAUCAUCCGGCCACGACCGUUCCGACACGGCCACAACCCGACUGUCCGGCCGAUCGUCCCGACCGACCGUCCGAACGCCGCGGUCGACCCGAAGCCGUUUUUGAAGCCCAAUCCGCACAAUUCAAGCCCAAAGCCGGCGCCGACCUAG